UUGGUAGAACGCUGAUUCGGUGAUCGUUAAGAGCCCGUGAAAGUUGCUCGUUCUGGCAAACGCGAGCGGAGUUUCGGUGGAAGUUAACGUCAACACUCGCUGAAGUGGCUGUCGUUAAUAGGUUGGCGCGCUUAUUCGACGACUGCUCGCGGAAUCAUGCGCGGACAAAAGAUCAUUCACGUUCUUCAGGUUUCGCCGCGUGUCCCAUUUUUAAUUUAGUCUACCACGAAUUGCUGGCCACUGCUGACUACGCCGUCUACCAAUAGAACGGCGUCAUAUCCAGUAUUAUCCAACGAAGCUCGCCGGAGCCGGCUCAGUCGUGUGAUAAACGCGGAGCACCUAGGUAGGAAGGUGCGUCUGCACAUCCAUCGACGAUAGCGAUUCGUACCGGCAAACAAUGUGCUCGUGGACCCCGUGAAACGGAACACUGUUCAAUAGACGUGCUAGGAAGUGUUACGAAACCCGUGGUAUCAUCCUACUACGGUGUUUCUGUCGGAAUUGUGCUCGCCGUAACGUCGUUACUCGGAAAAUCAGGCUCGAAGUUUCGAACGAAACUUUGUACCUACGAGUUUCUCGGUAUCAAAGGACCAGAGAUUAACAUAAAAGGAUGAGUCUUCGGUGGAUUCACGAAAAUCUAGAAGCGCCGACAUGCGACGAAGAAUGCAGCGACAUCGAUGACAGUUGCAGCGACGACAGCUACGAUUCCGAUCUAUCGAUCGUCGAAGAGAAAGGAACGACGAACGAAAAGGAGAUCAAUGGAGAUCGUAGAGGAAAAAGAGAAACCAGAAGGCAUCCGACCACCACAGUGAAAUUCAAUGAGAAUGGGAUUCCACAUUACAUCACGACCAAGUCGGUUAAACCACCACCUUGUGUAAUAUGGGACCCGAGGAAACCGGCAGAAAAUCCUAUAUACAAUUGUCUGGUAAUCAAACUGUUUUGUCGAACCGGUUACCAUCUUGCUAUUACAGAUUCGGGACGCGUUCGAGGGUUGAGUGGCACUAACGAACAGCAUGCCCUGCUUCACAUUAUACCGGUAUCGUUUGGCGUGAUUCGAAUACAAAGCAUCGAAACUAGCCUUUAUUUGGCUUUCAACAAAAAGGGUCGCUUGUACGGAGAGCCAAAUAUAAACAAAGAUAACACAGAAUGGGAACAGUGGAAUGUCGGUUCUUACGAUGCUUUUCGUUCGCGAAAAUAUGCCAAUCAUGGAUGGUGGAUAGGGAUAAAGAAAAAUGGACGAGCAAAACCAGGACCAAAGACACGUUGGGGCCAAAAAGCGAUACAAUUUCUAGCACUACGACAAGACUAAUUUCUAUGAAUGUAAUUUUUUAUUGUAUACUGCAAAUCGAUUAAAUUAUGACGAUUACGUGCAUCAAAGAAGAAAUUAAAAUUUCUAUUAACGAAGCGAU